UUUUACAGACAGUCGCUCCUUAAAGAUUAAGAGGGAUUAAACUACGGCACCAAAAUUUAAAUUGACAUUGAGGGGAGGGGAGGGUAAUAGACCAAAUGAUUCUUUAAAAAUAGACUAAACAGCUAGUGUAUUAGGCAUUUGAUUUGUAUCCAAAAACCGAGAGAAAACCAACUUAUUUUAUAUUAUGAGGUCCUGAACCUUUUAAAAAUUUCUUUUACGCAUUUCUUUUACGAACAAACAAACGAACGACUUCCUAGUACCCCUCUCUCUUUGUCUCAGUUUUGUCACUAGGGAGGGGAGAGCGGAGUAUUUACUGUGAGCUCUUCCAGCCCAGAGGUUUCUGGGUAGUGUAUUGUAUUACGAAAAAUGGCGGCAAACGAAGAGCGCGCUUCUUUGUGGCGAACUCCUCUUUCUACUCCAGUUAGAACCAACGAGAAUGGUAUCCAAGACUUGUUUCGGCAUUCAGAGAAGCUUCUAGCUUCUGCUGUGUCGAUAUGUCGUUUGAAAGGCUCCGUUGAGUGUCAGACAGGAGGGAUUAUUACCGUGUGUGAAGAAAUGCAAAGGCUGCUUCGUCUGGCUUUCUCUGAGAAUGCAAGAAUAGAGAAGGAGAUGAAAAGGCAAAAGCUGAAUUAUGAUGAUGAAAUUUCUCUGCUAAAAGGGAGAGUCACUUUCCUUGAAGAAGAGAAAGAACUCCUGAAGACACAUUUCAAAGAAAUAAAGUCUAAAAUUUUUGAUGAUCAGCCAAGGUCUACCUCUCAGAUUACCAAGAUAAACAAGGGGGAAAUGCAGAAAGAUCGAGUCUUGGUCAAAAAAAUCAAAAUCACAGGCACAGAUUCGCAAGAACCUGCUACUCUCAAGGAAAGAGAGCAAGAACAAAGUGAAAAAGAAGAUGAAACCUUGAAAGAGAAUGUCAAGCCAGAUAAAAAGGAAAGAGAAGCUGUUCCUGAGAAUAUUCCAAUGGAGACUAACUCGGAGGACAUUGAUGAUGCGUCACUUGAGAUUUCUUACUUUGAAAGUCCCAAGGCAAGUAAAAUGAAAGCAAAAGGACGGAAAGUUGCCUCAAAUAAGGUAGGGAAAAAAGCUGUUAGCCGUGAAGAGAAGAAGAAAAAUCACGAUGAUACUGAAGUUUUAAGUAAUGUAAAGAAAUUGCAAGAUGAUUUUAUUGCGGAUAGGGAUGUGAGUAACAAGUCUAGGAGAAGUUCCAGAAAGAGUGCAAGGGAAGAUGAUGAGAACGUUGUAACUAUCUUGGAAUGCCCUGAYGAUAUUGGUGAACCUUUGACACGGAGUGUACACCUCAACCCAGAAACGGGUCUGCUCGAGACGGUGGAAGUUGAUGAAGAACCAGUAGUAGAAGUUCAGGAGAAGCCGAGGAAGAAUGCUAAGAGGAAAGACAGCAAGAAAGACGCCAAGAAAAACAGAAAAGAUGCAAAAAACAUCAAAGAAGGUUCUAAAGGAAAGUCCAAGACAGAGAGAGAAAAUUUGGACAAUGAUCAAAAAAUUGAAAAUGGUAAUUUGGACCAGGAAGAAGUGUUGGGGGAUUUUCCAGAUAGUGAAAGCAUGGUGUCAGAAGGCAAUGUGCAGAAGAUGCCAGACAGCAAGACUCUAGCCCAAACACCCGAAAGAGAGGAAGAGCUUGGUGAUGUAGGAUUUCUGAUUGACAUCAGCUCAAUGAUUACAACAUUUGUAAGUAAUCCAGAUGAUACAGCAUUGGAGCUACCACUUAUGAGUGCACGAGAAAGAGCUGAUGCACGCAAACUGGCUGCGCUUUUUAACCUCCAUAUCAGCAUUGGCAACAAAAUGGAUAACCGUUCAAGCCUUAACUUGUCCAAAACAUCCAACUCCAAAAUGCCCAAACCUGGAAAAUUAGAUAGUCUUUUAAGUCAGUUGAGUAUUGCAGCAGCAAGGGAGGCAGAGAAGGCUAGUGCAAAGACCAGAACCAAACGAAAGUUCGCUUCUGUUGCUGAUGAUGAAUGCAAUGAUGAACAAAGCACAUGGGAUGACUCUCAGCCAAAAAGGAAUCCAAAAACUUUUUCUCGGUCCAAAAAGGCAAGAAUGUGAAUCAUUUUAUAAAGGUACUUUCUAAAGGUUUUUAGCUUAAAUUUUGAUAGAGACAUGCUACAAAUAUUUACAGUUUUAACCUAAACAUGCUUACUUUUAUAUUAUGUAAUAAUAACCAUUAUCCUGGGAAAAGAUGAACAUUUUGAAUCAGUACUGGCUAUCUAUAUAUGGUAAUGUGUCAGUCUAGUACAUAUAUGUAGCCACUUGCUUCCAUCAUUUGUAUGGUAGUUUAUAGAUGAAUAUCAGAAUUAAGAAUCAUUUUCCGGACUUGAUGCUUUCUAAUGAGUAGGAUAAUAAUUUAAAAUAAUUUUGUAAUUUAGGACUUCUUCUAUCUAUCAGGUCGUUUCAGGGUUGGAUUUGUGAGUUAGCUGUGCCCUAACUAAGAUCAACCCAGAAGUUGUUUCAGGGUUCGAUCUAUGAGUUAGCUAUGCCCUGACUUAGACCAACCCAGAGGUYGUUUCRGGGUUGAAUCUGUAAAUUAGCUGUGCCCUGACAUAGAUCAUCCCAGAGGUCAUUUCAGGGUUGAAUCUGUAAAUUAGCCGUGCCCUAACAUAGAUCAUCCCAGAGGUCAUUUCAGGGUUGAAUCUGUAAAUUAGCUGUGCCCUGACAUAGAUCAGCCCAGAGGUUGUUUCAGGGUUGAAUCUGUAAAAUUAUUAGCCAUGCCCUGAUUUAGAUCAGCCCAGAGGUCG